AAAUAACAAACCGGCUUCCAUCGAGGCAGAGAAUUAACGGAUAAACCGAUAAGGGCGCUUGCAGAAGUGCAAGAUUCUCUCUCAGCGACUAUCGUCAGGAAACAAGCCUGCUCAGGAGAAUGGGAUCUCAAGCAAUCCGUGAGUGGGCAGGAAUCAGUACAUUUGCGCCAGCUACGCAGACAAAGUUACUUGAAUUGCUGGGAAAACUUAAACAGGAGAAUGUGAACACUUUGACCAUACUUGUGAUGGGAAAAGGUGGUGUUGGAAAAUCUUCAAUAGUGAACUCCAUCAUUGGCGAAAAAGUCGUUUCUAUUAGUCCUUUUCAGUCGGAAGGACCAAGACCUGUGAUGGUAUCACGAUCAAGAGCAGGAUUUACAUUAAACAUUAUUGACACUCCUGGUCUCAUAGAAGGUGGAUACAUCAAUAUUAUGGCACUGGACAUCAUAAAAAGUUUCCUUUUGAACAAGACCAUCGAUGUGCUGCUUUAUGUGGACCGUUUGGAUGCGUAUAGAGUGGAUAACUUGGAUAAGUUGGUAUCCAAGGCUAUCACAGAUAGUUUUGGCAAAGGAAUAUGGAAGAAAGCAAUAAUAGCACUCACACAUGCUCAGUUUUCACCACCAGAUGAACUGCCUUAUGAUGAAUUCUCAUCCAGAAGAUCAGAGGCUCUCUUGAAAGUUGUUAAAUUGGGUUCCCGGAUAAAGAAAGAUGUCUCUCAGGAUUCUACCAUUCCUGUUGCGUUGGUUGAGAACAGUGGGAGAUGCAAGAAGAAUGAGAGUGAUGAAAAGGUGCUUCCAAAUGGAACUGCCUGGAUUCCUCAAUUAGUCCAAACAAUCACAGAAGUUGCAUUGAACGGAAGUGAGUCAAUUCAUGUUGACCAGAAGUUGAUUGAUGGGCCAAAUCCAAAUCAGAGAGGAAAGUUGUGGAUCCCACUCAUUUUUGUGCUGCAAUAUAUAUUCAUCAUGAAACCCAUCGAAGCAUUUAUCAAGAAGGAUAUUGCAAACGAGAGUAGGCCAUCAUGGGAGAUGGAUGAGUGAUGCAGAUUUUCGCAGAAACGAUCUACUUUUAGCUGUGUUCCUUUUUCUCUCAUGAAGUUUAGGGGGUAAUUUUUUUGGUCUCAUCUAGUUUAAAUUCAUGUAGCUUCCAGUACUCGGGAUUUAUUGACUGACCAUCUGUUUAUGGAAUCAACUUACUGGUUUCUCGUUA